UCUCUCCCUACCGCCCACAUUCCUAAACCGUUAUUCCCCGUACUGCAUCUCUCCAUGAAAAACUAAGCCUGCUUCCCCACCAUGGAUGACAGGACGUCAACACCAACCACCACUACGGAGGUCACAAGAGGACAACAGAAUGCAGACCUUAAGGUGUCGCCGUCCAGCAAACCUCUUCAUCGCUUUCUUCAAAAGGAGCCCCAGAGUCUCGGUGUUGUCAUCGGGAUCUGUGGCUGUGCAGAGCUGAUCAUGGGAUGCAUCUUUUUCGGGGAAACCGUGACAAACUCCGGCGACGUCUACGUUCCUUUCUGGCAGGGAGCUCUGUUUCUCACCUGUGGAAUCUUGUCUGUCUACACGGGAGCAUGUCCAUCCAAAAAGAUGGUGACCAUUUGUCUGUCCAUGUAUGUGAUGUCCAUCCUGGGAGUCAUCGUGUCUUGCGGUUAUAGGAUACACUGCUUUCUCUUUUUCUCCUAUAUCUCCCGCCAACCCUUAGUGGACCCACAGUGGGGCUACAGCGAAGUGAUGCAACUUUUGGCCACGGAAUGCAUUUUGUUCACGUUCUCUGCGUGCGUGGCGGUGCUUCUCAUCUUCUUGUCAGCGGUGGCCCGCCUGGCUCUCAAAUCCACAAACACUCAGGUCAUUUUCCAGCGGAUAUCAACGCCACAGAGUGACACAACAUCCCAACAAUAAUUGUGGAUCCUUCUCACUUAACGAUCAUACAUCUGUACAGUUUUCUAUACUAUUUUAUACAUUGCAACUUUAGAAAUACUCGUUCCAUUUAAUGAGAUUCAAUACAUUUUUGGUUGUGAGUUCAAACCCCGGCCGAGUCAUACCAAAGACUAUAAAAAUGGGAGCCAUUACCUCCCUGCUUGGCACUCAGCAUCAAGGGUUGGAGUUGGGGGUUAAAUCACCAAAAAUGAUUCCCGGGCACGGCCACCGCUGCUGCCCACUGCUCCCCUCACCUCCCAGGGGGUGAACAAGAGGAUGUUUUUACAGUGCAUUACUGUAAAGGAAAAAAACUAGCACGUUUUUGCAGUAAAACUCUGGCAACUAAUCUGCCAGUUCUUACCAUAAAAUCUGUUUGCUGGUUUUUACAGUACAUUACUGUAAAUUGGGAAAAAGCUACCACUUUUAUUUAUAUGGUUUAAUUCUGGCAAAAUGAGCUGACAAUUUUUUUUCUACCAAAAAAUCUCGUUGUUUUUCCUGUCCAUUACUCUAAAUGGAAAAAUAAUACCACUGUUAUUUUCACGUAAAAAAUUCUGCCACUUUUUACCAUUAAAUCUACGGCCUUUUUUACAGUGCAUUACUGUAAAUGGCAAAAGGGCACCUCUGUUAUUUUAACGGUAUCAUUUUGGUGACUAAACUGCCAGUUAUUUUUACCACAAAAUCAACAUUCAUUUUUACAGCGCAUUACUGUCAAUGGAAAAUAGGCACUACUUUUAUUUUACACAGAAAUUUAUACAGCAGAAAUGAAGAUUCAGAUAGCCUCGUUCGCCAUGGUUUACCUGACACAUGAAACGUGACGAAUUGGGGGGGUGCACUAUCCACUUGAGCUGCCAGAUGGCAGUAGUGUUGACUUUCUUAAAAUGUGCUUUAUGGCCAUACUUGCCAACCCUCCCGUUUUUAGCGGGAGAAUCCCGGUAUUCAGCGCCUCUCCCGACAACCUCCCGAAAACUCCCGGUAUUCAGCCGGAGCUGGAGGCCACGCCCACUCCAGCUCAAUGCGGACCUGAGACUAAGUGGGGACAGCCUGUUCUCACGUCCGCUUUCCCACAAUAUAAACAGCUUGCCUGCCCAAUGACGUCAUAACAUCUAGGCUUUUAGAGAGUAGAGUGCACAACUGCGCACACAACAAGGAGACGAAUCAGAAGAACGAGGAAAUUACAGACAUGGCGACGCCGUCGACGAGCAAGAUGAAGAAAUACGCUUGCAAGUUCCAAAACGAAUGGAAACAAGAAUUUCAGUUCAUCCAGGACAGUUGGAAGGGGAAGGUGUAUGUUGCCUGUAAAUAUGUAGAACAGACUUCUCCAUUGAACACGGUGGCCGAAAUGAUAUACUCCUCAUGAACGGAGAAGUUAAACAGGACAAUACUGCCAUCUAAUGGAUAGC